AUGUUGAGCUAAAAAGAGGAUUGUCUAACUAACUUUGGAAAACAAGGAAUGGUGGUAAGUAAUAAGGAAUUGUUUAUCUUAUGUCUCCACUUAGGUCAUUAGAAUUUAAAACUAGUUGAUCAAUAAAGAAAGAAAGAUAGUUUUUUUGAAAUUUAAAUUUGUAUAAUAUUGCUUAUUAAAUCGCUAAAAAUGACUAAAUAGAGUUUCUUGUGCUUCAUUAAGUACUUGCUAUUAGAAUGGUAGUUCAUGUUGUUAAAGAUUCCCCAGUUGUUCUUCAGUAAUAGCAACUAAUUAAUUAGAAUAUGUUAAUAUGAAUGCUUCAUGUAAAGGAAUUAGCUAUGGCAACUAUUAUUUCUUCCCAACAUAAAAUUUGUGUUGUUCUAUAUACAACUAAUGGUAAUCAUAAUCCUAAUAUUGGUACUGAUGGAGUGUGUUUCUUGA